AUGGACGUAGGCGAGGACUUGGGAUAUAUCAUGUAUGCCCGCGACAGUCCAACAGAGCCAGAGGUUCGCUACUUCAGAAAACAGGUCGCAGCUGCCCUAUGUGAGGCCGCAGAAUCUGUUCUUAACAGAUGCGAUGCCGACAAGCUGCGCGAGCUGGGGUUUGCGGAGGAUAUGGAAGAAUGCAACUACUGGAAGAAGUCAGGCACGAAGGCCCAUAUCGUGGAUAUGGCUACAGGACAGCAGGGAAAAUUGCUCGAGCUGUAUGGAGAGGUGCCUGAGGAUGAAGACAGAGUAAUGGUCGAGAUCCUAACCUUGACAUUACACGAGGAGUUCCCCGAUGAGAAGGUCAUCCAGGAGGUACUCACCCAGGAGGACCUCAUUCAGAUGGAAGUCGUCCAGGAAGGUGAGGCCACAACGACUGAAUGA